ACACCUCUUUAUCCUCUAAAUUAUCCUGUGCAGAGGAUUAGGUAAGGAAGAUAAGCGUUAAGGCUUUCAUAGCAAACAAACUGCUUUCCUUUGCUAAUGGGACAUCUCCUGUAUCUCCACGAUGUGGACAGUGUUCAGCCUGGUUCUCGUCAGCUCCCUUUUUGUACUCAAAAGCGAAGCGCUGCAGUGUUACACCUGCGUAGGUUCUAGCGAUGAGGACUGCAACAGACAAGGGACUCAGCAGUGCCCGGGGCAUUCAGAUGCGUGUGCGGUCAUCAGAGGACAAGCAAGUGGCAUCAUGAAGUCCUGUUCGUUCAGGUCCUUCUGCGAGCGGGCUAGGAGGGACGGAUCCAGAGCACCCGGAGUGAGUGUUCAGUGCUGCUACUCCAACAACUGCAAUGCGAAGAGCCUGGCUUCCAGAGUCACGACCUCCGUGAGCUACUUCUCCCUCCUCGUCUUUGCGUUGCUGUGGCACGCCUUGCUCAAGCUGACGUGAGGGGGGAAACGAGUACCCAGAGCAACGAGUCUGCCUUUGUAGAAAGGGAUGAUUGUAUUUCCUAACCGUGUUGCUCCAUGUACUGUGUUUCUUGCUAGGCAAAAAGCAGUAGGCAGACCUGACAGAUGUUCAGAUAAAAUAUGUCCUGACCUAAAUGUGAGAAGCGCUGCCCUCUUCUUGUUUAUCGCAAGUGUGUGUGGGGGGUGUUGUGAGAGUGUGUAGCGUUUUCCUGCAGUUUAGGUAGUACUUAUAAAGAGGAGGAGAAAUCUUAGCUGCAAGUAGCCUUCUGGUAGGGUAAAGGACCAAUAUCUUCCAAAUGCUGUUUGCUGUUGGCAGACGUUCAAAAGCAAGCUAAAAUUUUCAAGCACAAAGUGACUGAAAAUUCUAGCGAGCAAAUUAGUAUUUCAGAGAACAUUUGCAAACUGGACAAAGCCAGAAAAUCUAAAAUAAAGAUGAUUUAAUAUUAAUAUAACCUGGUAAGAGGAGGUCAUUAAGAGAACAAUGCAUGGAGAUAGGUUAUAUAAUGUGUAUUUCCGGGAAAAAAAGACCUUUUUUUUUUUUUUUUCUGAUCCUUUGAGCAUCUUAUCACAACAUCAGAAGAAGAAGAAAAAACAAGAGCUUGGAAGUUGUUUUGGACUGGUGAGCUCCCUUCAAAAAUCAACUCAUUCUCUUUCUGCUGCUGGUUUUGAGAACAAGCAGUCAAUUCCUGUCUUGUCAGCAAUUAUAACAUUUUUGUUUAUCCAAAUUCUUCUGUGUAGUUAAUUCAUCACUGUCCUAAACUUCAUUCUUUAGGAGUAGGAGUGUAUAUCUUCCCCUUCCGUGAUAUGAUUGAGUUGCUCCGUGGUGGUUUAUGUAUCCGUCUCGCUUUGCAAAUUGAAUGAAGUUGCUUGGAGGUCAUUAGAGUUGUAACCGCAUUCACUGCAGUCUUACCAGGUAGGUGAUAGAGAACGGGCCGCGUCGCGGAAGGCUUCGUGCAUCCCUGGCUGGUGGGCAGGGGCUCCUUUGAAGUGCUUUUGUUGAAAUGAGAAGUGACGUAACGCCUGAUGGGAUGACACUAAGCAGGUUCUGGGGUCCACUGCAGAGCGUGGCGGUGCCUCCUUUGAUUCAAAAUCAGGACUGAGAAGCAGCUGACUGAUAUUUGUAGAUUUGCAUGUCCAGCCGUAGAGGAUCUGGUCUAAUCUCUGGCACACGGCGUGCACAGGACUGGCUUCAAGCUCAGCUGAUGGCAUUGAAGUAGAGGUGGUCUUUCCAGUUCUAGUUUUAGUUUCCCAUGUGGAAAGAGAUUUGGUUGUCAAGUUUAUGGAACUCACAAAAUACGUGGCAAAGUGGUUUUUCUGCUAGCUUUGUAUUGCAACUCUUUUUCAGUAAAAUCAACUCCAGGCAGUGUCAUAGAAUUCUGCACAUUCCCAAAGCUUCUCCUAAGGCUGCAGACUCUAAAGAGCUUCCUCCAGUGAAAUACUCGCUGCAAGCUCACGUAGCGUGUAACCCUGACCUGCCUUGUAGCUCUUGCCUGUCACACACACCAAACCAUCUCCUUGUUUCAUUGCCUCUGUCUGGACCCUUCAUCAUCCCAUGGGGGUGGUGGCUUCAGGCUGGGGCUGUUCUGCUGGAGGUUUGGUGGAACAGGCUCUGAAAGAGGGCGGUUCUGCUCGGUGCUUAGUUGCUAGGCGCGGCGGAUAAAGCUGUUAGAGAGAAAAUUUGCACCAGUGCGGCUAAUCUUGGCUAAGGAUGGUAAUUUAGGCUUAAUUAUCUCAUCUGUGCAAGGAUUUCUGAAGUCAGUUUAAGUAAUGCUCAUUUCAUUCGCAGCUCGGAUCACUCCUUUCGAUCUGUGCUGCUGCAGGAAAUGUGUAUGGAUUGUCUUUAUUUUCUGAUUGUUCUGUAAUGAUAAAUCUCUGUUGGACGUAAUCUCUUGCUCAGGGCAUUUCCUUAAAGAGAAAAUAAAAUAUAUGCAAUGGCUGAUGAUGAUCUCUUCAUAAUCAAAACUGGGAUUUCCAGUUGCAUCCAGCGCUUUGGUUUCCAGCAGGAAUUCUGGCUUUUUCCUUGCAGGAUAUAUGUCUUAAAUCUGUUAGGUGGAAAUAGUGACUGUUGAUAGAUGUUUCCAUGAUAAAAUAACAAGGUAGGGCUCUAUCCUCUCGACAAACACCAUCUGUUGCUCCCGACUGCAGCCAGGACUCGGAUCUCAGGCAGCUCGCAGCCUCCCACCACCUCCGGCUGAUUCCGCCACCCGGCGCGUAAUGGGGCUGCGUUUUGCCUUUUAUGGGUCGGAUAUUUUUCCUGCUUCAUGAUGAACCCGAAGUGUGUGUGCAUGUCCGUAGCUAGAAAUGAUAACGGGCGUUUGUGGAUUGAUGCUACCAGAGGGGUUCCACAAUGGUUCUCAGCAUAAACAUUAACAGGAAGACAAGCACAGAAAAAAAAAACAGAACAGAAGAGAAGGAAUGUUUUUUAAACCCUAUUAAAAAUACAGAAGAUAUUUUAAGGCUUCCACUGCCAUGACUGUGCAGAGUUAUUCCUGAUCACAAGUGAAAUAGAAAGGAGUUGUCUUUAGUGUGGUGGUUCAGAAGUGUGAUCGUUCCUGGUGUUCUCUCUGUGUCUUCCUUAAUGUUGACGGGCAGUUGGGGCAAAAGGAGCAGAAACUGAUACUGAAAUGCAUUCUGCUGCAGCUAAAAAUGAUGGGACUUCUUUACCGCCUGCUCUAUUAGUUUGGAUCUCUGUCGUGGAUCUGUAGGGUAAGUACUGGGUGUGAGUUUGAUGCUAUCCUCUCACCUUCAAGAAGGGAUCUCCAAAGCAAGAGAUUAAUAAUUUCUGAUUUACAACUGAGAGAACUCUCAAUUAUUGCUAUAACUCGUAGGACUUACAGAUAGAGCUACGGGAUAAUUUCCAUGAUUUCUUUAUAUCCUUCUGGGUUUGGUAGUAAGGACAGCAUUU